UCCGCACGCGGCCGACUGCAGAAGGAAGGAAGCGCCGCCCGAGAGGAGGAGAUGGAGAGCGGGCCCCGCGGAGCAGCCCGGGAGACGGCGGGGAAAGGCCGGGAGGCUUUGGGGCAACAGGAGGGAUGAGCCCAGGGAGACCCCGGGAAAGGCGGCUGCCCGGAGGGAGAUGCGGGGAGAAGGAAACGGGCGGAGACCCCGAGACGGUCCUGGAGGGCGGAGAAUCCUUCGAAAGACCUGGGAAUCCCCAAAGGAUCCAGAAAGGAGGAAAGAAAUAUCAGUGCCCGGAAUGCGAAACAUCCUUCAGAACAAAUUCACAUCUUAAAAGCCAUCUAAGGACGCACUCGGGAGAGAAGCCUUAUACAUGCCAGGAGUGUGGAAAGAGCUUCAGUCGGAGGAGCAGCCUUUAUAGACAUCAAAGGAUCUAUUGCGGAGAGAAACCGAAUAAAUGCCUGGAGGGCGGAGGGUCCUUCGGAAUACCCGGGAUUCAAUGCCCAGAAUGUGAAAAAUCCUUCAAACCAAAGGAGCAUCUUCAAAGGAUCCAUUGGGGAGAGAAAUCAUAUGAAUGCCUGGAGGGCGGAGGGUCCUUCGGAACACCGGGGAAUCCCCAGAGAAUCCAAGAGGGAGGAAAGAGAUAUCAGUGCCCAGAAUGUGAAAAAUCCUUCCCAAAAAAUGGAGAUCUUCAAAGGCAUAUAACAAUCCACACAGGAGAAAGGAAAUAUCAAUGCCUGGAAUGUGAAAAAUCCUUCAAAAGAAAUUAUCACCUUCAAAGGCAUCUAAGGAUUCACACAGGACAGAAACCAUUUAAAUGCCUGGAGUGUGGAAAGUGCUUCAAUAUAACGGUAAGCCUUUAUAGACAUCAAAGAAUUCACUUGGGAGAAAAACCAUUUAAAUGCUUGGAGUGUGGAAAGUGCUUUACUGAGAGUUCAGGCCUCUAUCAUCAUAAAAAAAUCCAUACUGGAGAGAAACCCUAUAAAUGCCUCAAAUGUGGAAACAGCUUCAGUGAGAGAAGAGACCUGCAUAGACAUGAAAUGAUUCACACAGGAGAAAAACCACAUAAAUGUCUGGAGUGUGGAAAGAGCUUCAAUCGGGAGGGAAUCCUUUACAAACAUCACAGAAUCCACUUAAGACACAAACCAUAUCAAUGCCUGGAUUGUGACAA